AUGCAAUCUAAAUUAGAUUUAUUAGAAGAGAGGGCUAAGGAAGUCACACUAACUAAGCUUAAGGCUAAGAAUGCAAAACUUAUGGUCAAAAAAGCUAAUCUUGAGGCUAAAAAUGCAGAAUAUAUAAAGCUUAAGGAUGAGACUGCAAAGCUUAAGACCGAGAAUACUAAACUUUUAAACCAAAUUAUAGAAAAAUAUGUUAAAAAUAAGGCUGAUAUAGUAAAAUUAAAAACUGGUUUGCGGUAUCCAAUCCUCUUUGAGCAUAUUAAGAUGACAAUUCUUGAGCUUGAAGCAAAGAAUGCAAUAUUAAGACCAAUUAUAGAAGAAUUUGCGAAGAAAUCGAAAUAUAGCCAUCUCGUAACUGUCUUUGACAAGAAAAAUCGCAAAUUCCAAGCUAAAUGUAUUUAA